AUGUCUAUAUUCGAAACUCCUUCCCAGCUGGAACCAAACCCGAAAAGACAGAGGAUCGAACCGGUGUUCGAACCAAACCCCAAAAGACAGAGGAUCGAACCCGUGUUCAACAACUCAUCAUUAUCUUCAAUCCCAUGUCCUCACUCCUACGCUCAACACGGUGUCUGCACCGCCUGUAAUUCAAUGAUUGAAAGAUGCCACUACAGAUCAUUCAACUGUUUCAAAGACGGUGUUCAGAUACGCCACGAGGCCGUCGCAUCAGCGAAGCGCCUCAUGACUAAGUUCUCUUAUAUGGGCGACAAGAAACUUCCAUUAGUCCUUGACCUAGACCAUACCCUUGUCCACACCACAACUGUUUCUUCUCUCACCGAAACAGAGAAGUAUCUAAUCCAAGAAGCGGGUUCAAGGCACGAUCUCUGGCUCUUGAAAUCUGACGUCGAGCACUUGAUAAAGCUACGUCCUUUUGUUCUCGAUUUCUUGAAAGAAGCUCGCAAGAUGUUCAACAUGCAUGUCUACACAAUGGGUAACCGUUAUUACGCUGAAUCCGUCCUCGAGCUGAUCGAUCCGAGGCGCAUCUAUUUCGGUAAAAGAGUGAUAACGAGAGAGGAGAGUCCUUACAUGAAGACGCUUGAUUUGGUUUUUGCUGAUGAGCGCUGUGUGGUGAUCGUGGAUGAUACACGUGAAGUCUGGCCUGAUCACAAGAGCAACUUGGUUGAGAUUAGCAGGUACUGCUAUUUCAGGAUGAGUAACGACCAAUGUUCAAGGCCUUACUCUGAGGAGAGGAUAGAUGAAAGUGAAUGCAACGGUGGAUUGGUUAAUGUUUUGAGGUUGUUAAAGGAAGUUCACUGUGGAUUCUUUAGAGUCAAAGAAGAGUUGGAGUCUAAAGACGUGAGGUUGCUGCUGCAAGAGAUUGAAUUCAGUCGUGGUGUAUUACAGGGAGAAUCUCUUAUUCUGUAG